AUGUCGUUCGUCCGCAGGAGCGCCCGCAUCAACAAUGAGAACGAGAUGCCGGCGGAUCUACACGCCUCUCGCCCCGGAAAGCGCCAGAUUCUGCAGGACGCUGGCAAUGCCGAAAAGCGCCAAAAACUCCUCAAGACGGAGACCAGCACCAUCAUCACUGGCGCCCGCCGCACUGCCCUCGGGGAUGUGACCAAUCGACGCACAGCUCUUGGUGAUGUGACGAACAGGAUCAACAUUAAGAAGGAAAGUAUGAGCUCCAUGAGCUCCUCGGUCGCCAACGCUGGAGCUCUAGCCAAGAAGAAGGUCAUCGCCAGCAAGCGCAGCCUCAGCAACGUCAAUGCCGGCAGUCGAGUUGUCAGCAACGCCAACGCUAGCAAGAGGAACUUCAGCAACGUCAACCUCAGCAGCCGAGCGAGCAGCACCACUUCGUCGCUGAGCACGCACAGCUCGUCGAUUAUCAGCCGCAUGAGUCGCCCGCUUCCCGCCACGACACCCGUCGCGACCAAGCUUGAUUCGAUGGGGCUCAUGGAUAAGACCUCUCCGAUGGUGGACAUCGUCCCGACGAAACAUGAAGCGAAAGACCACGACAUCGACUCGGAGGACAAGAACGACCCAACUGCGUGCUGGCAAUACGCGGAGGACAUCACGAAGUACCAGUUGGAGGUUGAGAUGAAGCGCAAGACCAGCAGCUCGUACAUGGCACGCCAGUCGGACAUCACGUCGAAGAUGCGUGCUAUUCUCGUGGAUUGGUUGGUCGAUGUUCACUACAAGUACGGCCUUCUGCCGCAGACGCUGCACAUUGCCGUUCUCCUGAUCGACCAGUACUUGGAGAAGAACCUCUCGGUUAAGCGCCAGCGUCUCCAGCUUGUUGGAGUGGCGGCGAUGUUCAUCGCCUCGAAGUACGAAGAGAUUUACCCGCCGGAAGCUGAAGACUUUGUGAAGAUUACAGACAACGCUUACUCUCGCGAAGAAGUUUUCCAGAUGGAGGCCAAGAUGCUGGUCACGAUCGGCUACCGGGUCACGUUUCCGACGGCUUUCCAGUUCAUGAAGCGAUUCCUCAAGGCCUCUCGUACGUGUGAUGAUCGCGUGGAGCACUUCGCUCACUACGUCGUGGAUCGCAGCCUACAAGAGUACAAAUUGAUCAAGUACCCGCCGUCCACGAUCGCCGCGUCAGCAGUUCACAUCGCUCGAACUCAGAUGAGGGAUACGCCUGCCUGGUCGUCGACUCUGGAGCAUCACUCGUCCUACAGUGAAAGCACCUUGGAGCCUUGCAUCGAGGAUCUUAAGGAGAUUCUGUGGAACACUCAAAACAACGUGGGCAAGAUGUCCAAGCUCAGUGCUGCCCGGCGAAAGUUUAGCAAGGAGCGCUUCAUGGCCGUGGCUGCUGAGCCGCUCGUGUUCGGAAAGAGCGCCUAA